CUUCACUGCUCUCAUAAGUCCAAUCACUUCACCGUUGAAUCACAAAAUCUCUCUCUCUCUCUCUCUCUCUCUCUCUCCAUUUUCUUCAUGGCUAUCGCCAAUGCUUUCUUCACUUCACUUCGAUCGGCGUUCUCCGAUGCCGAUAAUGGCGUCAACUCUUCUCCGUCCGCCGUUUUUCACGCAUUUUCUAGUUCCGGUGUGACCACUUCUCGCCAAAGAAAGUAUACUGUUUAUUGUACUCUAGAUAGAGUUGAUUCAAUGAGUUUGUCACCGGCAUUAAAAGCCGAGCAGGAGUCUGGUUAUGUUCCUUUGCCAAUUGUUCAUCUAAUUCAGGAUCCUGAAUGCGAUGCAACCACUGUGGAAAUUAGCUUCGGUGAUCGGCUAGGUCUUCUCAUUGACACGAUGCAGGCACUCAAAGACUUAGGCUUGGAUGUUGUGAAAGGAAUUGUUACCACCGAGGAUUCAGUGAAAAAGACAAAGUUUCUUAUUACACGAUUGGAUACCGGGCGCAAAGUUGAAGAUCCGGAUUUAUUGGAGAGGAUUCGUUUGACCAUAAUCAACAACCUUAUCAAGUAUCAUCCAGAGUCUAGCGAGCAGCUUGCUAUGGGUGAGGCUUUUGGGAUAAAAGCACCAGAAAAGAAGCCUGAUGUUGAUAUCGCCACUCAUAUACAUGUCAAGGAUGAUGGACCUAAAAGGAGUAUACUGCAUGUUGAAACAGCUGAUCGAUCUGGUUUGCUGGUGGAAGUUGUCAAAAUUGUGGCUGACAUUAACAUUGAUGUUGAAUCAGCAGAGAUUGAUACAGAAGGUCUAGUUGCGAAGGACAAGUUCUAUGUCAGUUACAGAGGGGCAGCGUUAACUAGUUCUUUGUCUCAGGUGCUUGUAAACUGCCUGCGCUACUUCCUUAGGAGGCCUGAGACAGAUGAAGAAAGUUACUAGCUAGUGAGCAUACUCGUAUGUACACUAUAUAAUAUAACCAUGUGUGCUUGUUAAUGCAAGGGCUUGAGGCAUCUCCAUUGUCAUGUAAAAUUAUGUCCGUUUUCUGAUUAAUUCGUAAUAUAUGUGAUCUGUGAUUCUCCCUUCUCAUCAUGAAUAAACGGAAUAAACUGAUAGGA